UCUCAAAAUUUGGUUCUGAUGGCACUUCAGAUUAUUCUAGUUUUCAUUUUGAUGCUCUUUGGGAGCUCAUUAAGGCUGCUAGGAUCAGUCACUAGUGGCAAUAUAAGGAUCAUAGGAGGGAACGAGACAGAUCAACUUGCUUUGCUGGAGUUUAAGAAACAAAUUUAUGAUGAUCCGUACGGAGCACUAAGUUCUUGGAAUGAUUCUAUCCAUUUCUGCAACUGGGUAGGGAUCACAUGUGGCCAACGUCAUCGACAACGGGUUAUCAGCUUGGAUUUACAAGGGAAGGGCUUGGUUGGGAACAUAUCUCCUUCGGUAGGAAAUCUCACUUUUCUUCAUUUCCUCAACAUUAGAAACAAUAGCUUCCAUGGAGAAAUCCCCCAAGAAAUCGGUAAGUUGAUUCGACUAAGAGAAAUUUACUGUGCCAACAACACUUUGGAAGGAAAACUUCCUACCAGCUUGGCAAACUGUACUCGUCUAAGAGGAAUUCACUUCUCAUGGAACAAUCUUGUCGGGAGGAUUCCAGUUGAACUAUUUUCAUCUUUGUCAAAGCUGGAGAUAAUUUCUAUUAAUUUUAAUGGCUUGACAGGAGAAAUACCAGCAUCUUUUGGAAAUAUUUCCUCCAUCCGAGUUAUCUCUUUAAAUGGAAAUGCACUGCAAGGGAGUAUUCCAAAAUCCUUUGGUCGGCUAACAAACUUAUUUUUUCUAGCACUUUCUCAAAAUAAACUAUCUGGUAUGUUCCCUAUCUCACUAUAUAAUCUCUCAUCUCUUGAAGUUAUUUCUCUCGUAUUAAACCAAUUGCAUGGGAGCCUUCCACGAGAUAUAGGCCUCACUCUUCCAAAUCUCCAAAUUCUAGAAGUUGCAGAGAACCUUUUCUCAGGAAGCUUUCCGGGUUCCAUCUCCAAUAUCUCAACACUCCAAUUAAUCCAUUUGGGUGUAAACAAUUUUAUUGGAUCAAUUCCUAACAACUUAGGAGAUCUUCAAAACCUUCAACAAUUCGUUAUUAGUGGAAAUCAAUUUGGAACAGGGGAAGCUCCAAAUCUCGAUUUUGUAAAUUCUUUGCUCAAUUGUACAAAUCUAGAGGUUUUUGACCUAAGCAAUAAUGCUUUUAAGGGCCCCCUUCCCUACUUUAAAGCCAAUCUAUCAACACAUCUCUUACUGUUUUAUUUUGGAAGUAAUCUAAUAUCUGGAACAAUUCCUUCUGGGAUUCAGAAUCUCGUCAACUUAACCGGAUUGGGCAUGGAGGGGAACUUUCUCGAAGGUAAUAUUCCAUAUGAUAUAGGAAAACUUUCGAAGCUUCAAAGAUUAUUCUUGGGUAGAAAUAGACUUUCAGGACAAAUACCUUCCUCAAUAGGAAAUCUCACUCUUUUGUAUGAACUCCAUUUAGAAGGUAACAACUUGAAUGCAAGCAUUCCUUCCAGUAUUGGAAACUGUCAAAAGUUACAGCUCUUAACCCUUGAUAAUAAUAACCUCCAAGGCCCAAUACCUAAGCAAGUCUUUCUUAUCUCCUACUUAUCAAUAUUUCUCGACUUGUCUCAUAAUUCUCUAGUUGGAUCCCUACCAAUUGAAAUCGGUAACUUGAAGAGUCUUUCUCUAUUAAAUAUCUCUCACAACGAUCUUUCUGGAGAAAUCCCCUCCUCCAUUGGUGACUGCAAUAGUUUGGAACAUCUUAUUAUGGGGCAUAAUUUCUUUGAAGGAACCAUUCCUCAAUAUUUGACUCUUUUGAAGGGUCUUCAAGAUUUAGUUCUCUCACUCAACAACUUAUCAGGGCAAAUCCCAAAAGAUCUUGAGAAACUUUCAAUAUUGCAAAGUUUGAAUUUAUCCUUCAAUAAUCUUGAGGGGGUGGUACCAACAAAAGGAAUCUUUGGAAAUGCAAAUGCAAUUUCGGUCAAGGGAAAUGAUAAGCUUUGUGGGGGAAUUGCAAAGUUACAACUACCUACUUGCAGUCUUGCACAAUCCAUGGAU